AUGCAUCCCGAGGCAUUCCUGUCUUGUAAGGAAGGAAUGGAAUUAUUACAGAGCAAGCCUUAUCAGGAAUCCGUUCAAUCGAUUAUUGUAGAUGAAGGCUCACUGUAUUUUAGAAUGGUAAGUUAGUAAAUGUAUAGUAAAAAUGUUUUAUAGAAAUUAUACAAAAUUUUUAAUAACGCAUUGACGUCAACUUGUAAAAAUAUUAAUUAUUUGUCUUUAAUAUUGUUUUGCAGGGGACUUGACUUCAGGAAAGAUUAUUCAAAUUUGGCAAUGUUGUGUGCUACGUUCCCUACCGUUCCUGUUGUUGCCCUCACUGCUACAGCAAGCAAGGCAGAUGUUAUAUUAAUUAAGGAAUCUUUAAAUUUGAAAAAGCCAGUGGAAAUCACAGCUAAUCCUGACAGGCCAAAUAUAUUUUAUGAAAAGAUCAUCAGAAAGGGCAAUGACCUUGAAUUUUUUCAGGAACUUCUACACAACAUUUGGGCAAGGAACAGUACUAUCCUCUUGAUGCUGAAGCAAUACCCGAAAACAGGCUGUUUGCCCAAUUUCAUUCACCCCAGACAAAUGCUAUGAAGAAUCAGAUUCUCACUGAACUGUCUUCACCAUUGUCAAAAUUGAGAGUUGUAUUUGCAACUGUUGCAUUGGGAAUGGGCAUUGAUAUACCAUGUAUAAGACAUGUUAUUCAUGUUGGGCCACCACAUACAAUUAGAGAAUAUUUUCAGGAGACCGGGCGAGCAGGUCGUGAUAGGAAACAAUCAACAGCUGUCUUAUACUACAACAAGCGUGAUAUUGCAAUGAGCCGGCCUGGAAUUAGUGACAGUAUUUGUGAAUACUGCAAACUUGAGGACAGCUGCCUUAGGAUGUUUUUGUUGGGAUGUCUUGACGUUCAUGAUGUCAUGAAAGACAACCCUCAUGUUUGUUGUAGUUAUUGUAAAAUGCAGUGUAAAUGUUCAGAAUGUACAACAUAA